GCGAUCGCCAGCGAACGAUUCGCGCGGCCGGUGCGCACCCCGAACUGUGCUGGUAAUCGCUGGCUGUCGAUCCCACUGUGCCGCUCGAACGAGUGCAUCGAACUUGACGGACAUCGGAGGCGCGAGCGUGUCCCUUAAUCACCGGAGCGAAGGGGGUGAAAGAGAUCGGGACUGUGGAUGUAGACGGUGGUGGUGGUGGUGGUGGUGGUUCGAAGAUGCUCGAACAGUGAGCGGGCAAUCGCGCUUUCUCGACAAGGUUUGUGCGCUUAACAGCGCGGUGGAGCGGCCCCAAUGCCGGUCAGGAAGGGCCUCCUCGCUCCACAGAAUACUUUCUUGGACACUAUCGCGACUCGCUUCGAUGGAACCCACAGCAACUUUGUACUGGGAAAUGCGCAGGUUCCGUCGAUCUAUCCGAUCGUCUAUUGCUCCGAUGGGUUCUGCGAGCUGACAGGAUUCGCGCGAGCGCAAAUCAUGCAGAAGGGUUGCGCUUGCAAGUUUCUCUACGGGCCGGAAACGAAGGAGGAAGAAAAGGCCAUGAUCGACAAGAGCCUCGAGAGCAAGACGGAACUGAAGAUGGAGGUUGUCUUCUACAAGAAGAACGGAAGUCCAUUCGAUUGCCUACUCGACAUUGUUCCGAUAAAAAACGAGAAGGGCGACGUCGUACUGUUCCUGGCCUCGCACAAAGACAUCACCCACACGAAGAACCUUCAGCUCUGUGAGUUGCACGAUAGUGACUCGAAUGGCAAUAUCGACCCUGAGGCACCGCCUUCCAAUUACGGUAGAAGAAGAAGUCGCGCCGUCCUUUAUCAACUGUCGGGCCAUUACAAGCAGGACAAUAAGCACAAAAUUAAGCUAAACAAUACGCUUCUGCAUUCAACCGCGCCGCCUUUACCGGAAUACAAAACGACAACCGUGAAAAAGUCGCAAUUUAUUCUUAGCCAUUACGGCGGUUUUAAAUCCUGCUGGGACUGGUUGAUUCUCAUCGCGACCUUUUACGUGGCAAUAAUCGUUCCCUAUAACGCGAGCUUCGUCAACACCGAUAGGCCUACCAUGGUCAGUGACGUUGUCGUCGAAGUGCUCUUCAUUAUCGAUAUCGUUUUGAACUUCAGAACAACGUACGUGAGUAGGAAGGGUGAGGUCGUCAGCAAUAGCAAAAGCAUCGCCGUGAAUUACGUGAAAGGCUGGUUCUUUGUCGACCUCGUAGCGGCAUUGCCGUUUGAUUUUCUCUAUGCCUCGGAUGUUUACAGCGGUGAGGAAUCAGCGCAUAGUAUUCAUUUAGUGAAACUCACAAGAUUAUUGAGACUCGCGCGACUGUUACAAAAAAUGGACAGAUACUCGCAGUAUAGCGCGGUAAUUUUAACGAUGCUUAUGCUCUUCUUCAUUGUGGUGGCACAUUGGCUCGCUUGCAUUUGGUACGUAAUCGCCGAAAAGGAGCGCUUGCGGAACGAUAAGGAUUGGGAUUUAGGCUGGAUACAUACGCUGGCUGAGAAAUUGAAAAUAUCCGUGCAAAACGUCACGCACACAGAGAGCUACAUAACGGCAUUGUAUUUCACUUGCAGUAGUCUAACUUCCGUUGGUUUCGGAAAUGUCUCGGCAAAUACGUUCUCAGAGAAAUUCUUCUCUAUUUGCACGAUGUUGAUUGGGGCUCUUAUGCACGCUGUGGUAUUCGGCAACGUUACCGCGAUCAUUCAAAGAAUGUACUCCAGAAGAUCCCAGUAUCAGACAAAGUUACGGGAUCUCAAAGAUUUUCUAGUCUUACAUCAAAUCCCGGAGGAGCUCAAGCAGCGAAUGCAGGAUUACUUUCAGACUAUAUGGUCAUUAAACCACGGUAUCGACGUGCAUGAGACCCUGAAACAAUUUCCCGAGGAAUUACGGGGAGAUGUUUCAAUGCACCUUCACCGAGAGAUUUUAAGUUUACCGAUAUUCGAAGCCGCCUCACAGGGUUGUCUAAAGCUACUCUCGCUACACAUCAGAAAUAACUUUUGCGCCCCCGGCGAAUUUCUCGUCCACAAAGGCGACGCGCUAUCGUACAUCUAUUAUCUGUGCAACGGAUCUAUGGAAGUUGUGCAAAACAGCAUGGUGGUCGCAAUCUUAGGGAAGGGAGAUUUAGUUGGGUGCGACAUAAACGUUCAUUUGCAACACGGGAAUAAUGGCGGCGGCACGACUGGAUCUGGCUCGGUUGACGUAGUAAAAUCCAGCUGCGACGUCAAGGCGUUAACAUAUUGCGAUUUGAAGUGCAUACACAUGCAGGGUUUAGUUGAGGUCCUCCGGCUCUACCCCGAGUACCAACAAGAAUUUGCGCACGAUAUACAGCACGAUCUUACAUACAACCUACGUGAAGGAUACGAGGCGGAGCAGGAGUCCGAUAUAAAUGGCCCGUCAUUGACACUACCCUCCAUCAGCGAGGACGACGAGAACCUAGCCGAGGAGGGCGAAACUUCUCCCCUCUCACCCCCAAACAAAUCACCGCUUCACACCUCUUCGAGCCCACGACAUGCCAAGUUCAGGGAGGAUUAUAGGGAAGGGCGACGAGCGGGAAGGGGCGUCUUGCUGCGAGGAGGACGGGCUGCGCAAGUGAUCGCGCAAGAAUCUGUAGAGGAGCACAUCCGAGGAUCGGUUGAGAGACUCGAUAAUCAGUUUUCCACGCUGCAUCAGGACGUUGCGACGCUCAGUUGCGAGGUGCGCAACGCCAUUCAAGCGUUGCAGAUGCUCGCCUGUUCACCCCAGAGUAAUCCGAAUCUGCCGACCCCGGCGGCGAACCGGGGCAGCGGGGUCCUCGCGAGGAGCUCGUCCCAUCCUCCGGACGCCAUUUGUUGGAAUCCACCGGCGAGAUUAAUCGACGCAUCGACGCAGACGGAUUGGCCGGUCGACCUGUUCGAGACGUGGGUGCGCGCGAAUCCCCGCAGGGCCCUAAAGGCCCUCGGCCUCGAUCCGGACGUCGUUCUCAGGCUGCCACCGCCGUCGCCGACGCCGUCGCCGUCUUCACCCCCGCCGCCGCCCUACGAGCCCCUAUCACCUCUGGCGGGUUCGCCGCAGCAAUCGCCCUCGCAAUCUCCGACUGCAGGAAAUGACAGCUACGUUUUCGGAAUUACACGCGACGCUCGCCACAUUCCCCGGUUGUACAGGCCGCCCAAUUCAGCCUGGGAUCCCGACAACAAGCUGUGGCACCGCUUCAGCGCCGGCGACGCCGACAAUGCGUCGCUGUACCAGGCGUUACGACGUCUUCCGGAGUCACGCUCAUUGAAGUUCGAUUCGUUCGAUAGCUGAGCUGGUUAAUUACUCACGAGCCCGCGUCCCGCACGAAGAAAAAAUUCAUUUCCCGUUGCCGACGCAAACGCGGAGGGAGGAGCGACGCCGGAUUGAAGAAGAAAAUCGUAAAUCGCAAGUCCAGUAAAUUUAUCGAUAAAUUAGUUUUAUGCGUACCUACUAUCUUGUACAGAGGAACGUCUGGAAAUUUUUUUUUCAAAGGCUUGCGGCGAAAAACUGGUACGCUAAUCGGAAAAUUAUCAAACGCGAUAAUUUAAAAGCUACUGGCUCGAGGCAAUAAAUGUUUGAUUGGCAGGUCAAUCGCGUUAUUGUCGAACUGUUGGACAUUCAUCGGGAUAAAUAGCCCGUCGGCGCUUUAAUGGCACGGACAGAAUGGAAUAAUUUCUGAUAAAAUAAAAACUGGGACCGUAGAAUAAAUUGCUGGAGGGGGAUUAAUCGCGCAGUCCGCAAAAUAGAAAUGGGAUACAUAUGACGAUAUACGUGCGAGAUUGAUCAAAAAGCGGUUAUUUCGAAUCGCGCGAUAAAUGCGCAUGCAUGCAUACGUCCGGGCCCGUAAUGCAACGUUUAUCGUAAACGUAAACAAGCGCUCGUUGACGCGACACUAGAUUACUCGUAAAUUGACAUUUACGUUUCCUUUCGCCGUUAACGUCAAUUCGUGAUCUCGUUGUAAUAUUUAACUCUUGAAUGCAUCCCCGGCUAUUUUCGAUUCGGCACGAGAUAAAUUAAGACUGACGUAACAUGCAUAUCAGAGCAAAUAUGCUUACAAUAUUCCGUUUAGGCACGCAAAAACUGCAAGAGAAAUGUCAUGUAUAAAAUAAUAUUUUCUAUGCCUUAUUGUACCUAAUACAAAUGUACGCAUAUAUCCAAUUACGAUAUCUCGCGUCCAGCGAUACACAUAAUUUAUUAAUAUUACAUUAUCUCAUUUAAUACAAAUCGAUAAAUAAUAGAUGAUAUAUAUCCCAACAAAGGUAUUUUUGAAUACAAAACUUUUCAAACAUUUUCGCGACGUCUUAGCACAUGUUAACGGAAGAUUUCAUUAAAGCGCCGUGCAUUCAAGGGUUAAGCGAUACUGUGUACAUUGUCCUAGGCAUUUCUCACUGCCAAACAGGAUAAUACCUGACUUUAACAAUAUCUCUACUCUUUCGUUCUCAAAAUAAUAUAUAUUCAUCCCUUGAACAAAACAAACUCUCGCCUGCGUCACUCUACGUACGUAUAAUCCUAUAUUAUUUAAUGAUUAUGUACAAAAAAAAAACGUACGUUGAAAACGUACGCUCCGCAACUAAUCCUAUACCCGAAAGAAUUAUAAUUAUCCUGCCGUCUGCAACUACCUACGAAAACAUUAUCCCGAAAGUCUAAAACCUAAUCUCCCACCUAUUACAAAUCUACACCACGAGAAACGUUUUCUACUUAAUA